CCUCUUUUCCAACAGCGCCUCCGCAUUGGGCCGCCACCUGCUGACCUCACAGAGCGUACACGAAGGAGGAGCCCAUUGGCCUAGGGAAGAUGCCAAAAUAACCAAUCAGAAGAGGCAGCGUGGCAUCUCUCGGGGAACGGACCCAGAGGGAAACUAAAAGUUGGAGUCCAAGGGAAUUAGUCAGUGGGGCCUGCAUGGGGGCAGGUGGGAGCUGACAGGUGGGUUGGACCUUGGAUACGUGGGGCUGCCUCAUGGCCAGUUACUCCCGUUGCACUGGAACAUCAGCAUACUACCAUGAGUAGAGUUGAUCUGACAUUUUUUAUCCACUGAAAAUUCCUGCCUUUCAAAAAUAAACAACCCCUCCCCUCAAAAAUGGAAAUUUUCAGUUUUCAGACAAAAAACCCAACACAAAACGAAAAAGAUUUUUUUGAGGACAGCAAGCACCUUCUGCUAAAAUACUUGUUUAGUUGAAACCCCAAUUUUCAGUUGCAAAAAUGUAAAUGGAAAGUUUUUGACCAGCCCUAAUGAUAAGGCGAAAACGGGACCCUCAAAUGACCUGUCAAUGAGACUGGGCUAUUAAAUAACUUGGCAUCCUGGAAAUAACAGUUUCAAGAAGUUCAGCGAGCCUCUCUGCCGCAUAGCUCUUGUCGUUCACAAUGCCACAUUUAACAGGGCUGAAAAGAAAAGUCAAAAUAUUGUAACGGAUUGGUUAGUAUGUGUGUGUACCACUGCCCCUGUACUGGAUAAAAUCAGCUUCUCAACCAUGUGGCACAGCCAACAUAUUGCUAACAGCUAAUAAUGACUUCCAUUCAGCUCAAGUGAUUGUGUGCCUGUGCUUUUGGAGCAGAAAUGUCACUUUUUUAUCCCAAGUGCUACUAUGAAGUUAUUGUAGCAUAAAGCAAUUAUUAAAUUAUAAAAACUAUAACAGAAAAGUACUCCAUAUAGAAAGUAACUGGGACAAUGAAUGGAUCCUUUUUCACUCCUAGUGCAGUUCUGCAGACUGAAGCAAAUUUUCUUUCCUUACAUGGUUCUGGAAAGACGAGGAAUGUGUUUCUCAUCACUUUAUCUACAGGAGCAGCUGGGGCAAGAGGUGACACUGAGGGAACUAUUAUGUGGGCUGUCUUAGGUAUGCAUCUGAUAGUGGAUACAGGGCCUGUACAACAUACCAUGUUCACUGCUGGAAGCAUGGUGUGAGGAUGCCAAGCUACCAAUUUAAUGCUCCUAUGAAGGCAACAUAAUUUUCUUGGGACAGAGCAAAAAGUCUCCAACCCUCCAAGCCACAAGGAGGUAAACAGGAAUGGAAUUGUAUGUGUGCAACAGCUCAGAAGUGGGGCUCUGCUCUAAGUGAUCCUGACCUGGAUAGUUUGGGCAGUACAUCACCACUUUGGGCUAAUGAGAGCAUCAUGAGAUACUCAGCUGACUCAAUUUUCUACCAGUGCUGAAUGUGUCAAGCCCUUUGCUCCCCACAUGAUGCAACUCAUUCAUUCCUUCACUCAAAGGGCUGACCCCUAAGGAUGCUUCAGGCCAGAGUGAAGUUAAUUGUAACCGGAGAUGACUUUGGCUACUGCCCAAGGAGGAACCAAGGAAUCGUGGAGUGUUUCCUGGCUGGAGCAGUUUCCAAUGUUUCCCUUCUGGUCAAUGGCAGUGCUGCGCCAGAUGCAGCACAACUGGCAAGAAGGCAUAACAUUCCAAUAGGUCUGCACGCCAACCUGUCCGAGGGCUCUCCUGUCUGCAAGGCACUCAAGAAGAACUCCUCCCUGCUCAACAAAGACGGAUUCUUCCACGGAAAGAUGGGAUUCAGGACGGUUCUAGCAAAAGGUCUCCUGAAAAUGUCAGAGGUGAAACAGGAGCUAAUGGCACAAGUUGACCUCUUCUGUGAAUUGACAGGUCAUGUCCCUCAUCACAUGGACGGACACCAGCAUGUUCAUGUUCUCCCAGAAGUUAGACAUGUGUUUGCACAGGUGUUAGAGGAGUAUGGGAUCAAGUAUACACGUGUGCCAAUAGAACCAGGCCUUCACAGCUGUGCGUGGAUAGAGCCACCUCUAAUGGACUUUUAUCUGGGAAUAGAAAAAGAUUCCCUUAGCACAGUAGAUGUGUUUACAAGACAUGGAAUAAGGUGGGCUGACAUUUAUAUAGGUUUGAGUACCAUGGGCAAAAACAUGUCUGUCAGCAACAUUCAGAGCGCCAUUGAUACUGCCGUGGCAGCUUUUGCUACCAAGGAAAACUCUCUGAUGACUCAAUUUUCACCUCAACCUCAGCAAAGCAGAACAGUCACAAUUGAACUGAUGGUACAUCCAGGGUACCCCACUAUUCCACCUGUUGGAGGCUGUGGAGAAGGACCAGAUGAUUUUUCACAGUCAUGGGAACGCUUGCAUGAACUCCAAACAUUAAUGAAUCCAGAGUUGCAAAGCUAUUACAAAACAAGGAACAUUCAGCUUUGUGCAUUUAAAGAUCUUUAAUCAAGAGAAGAUAAAUCUAGCUUGUACCGGGGUGGGGGAAUCUGUAGCUGACAGUAUACCUCAUAACACAGAAAGGAACUGUGAAUGGACUGGGAGCAGCCUAUAAACUAAUUAGAAAUACCUAGACUCUCCAAUGCACCUAGCAGCAAUAUCCCAGCCUGUAUCUCUCUCAUUGUCAUCAGAUUUGUAAGACACCUCAGCUGAUUUGAAAGUGAUGGAUUUCCUUUGUGUACCAUAUUCACAGUCCACCCCAAAAUUUAACUUGAAAGCCAAGGCCCAACUGUCAGACUAACAAACAGUUCCUGCAGAUGCUGCAAUAGCAGAUAGCACAUCCAACCAUGGCUGACAAUCAUGCAUCAACUUUUUGAAAGAUUUUUUUGUGUGGUGGAAGGGAAUAGUUGCAAAAAGAUACAUAGCCUAGAAAGUAAGACUCACCUGGCCAAGGGAGGCUGAUCUCUGUAAGCCUAGUAACUUUGAGCAUUCCCUUCAGAAAUUACUGUAUUUUCCUUUCAUUUUUUUACUUGAGCUGUUGCAUCUUUACUCAUGCCUACAGAAAAGGAAUGGUCAUUGGAGACAUUUUUUUCUUCAAAAGUAAUCAACUUAUGAUAUUAGCCUUCUGAUGCCUUCAAUCAUACUCCAUGCAAGUAGCUGGAUGCAGAGUUACUGUUCUAUUUAAGUAGACUCUAGCCAUUAUGCAGUCAAAAGAAACUUUUAAUGACAGCACUUCCAGACAGGCUUUUUAGAUGAUUUUACAAGAACAGCAAUCGUUGCCCCAUUAGCUAUUUCAUGAUGACUGUUACCUGUCAAUACACCACACACUGUCCUUUCAUGAGCUACGUGCUGUGAUGGCCACUUACUGUAAACGUAAAGAUGUUCUAACAUCUAGAGGGAGCAAUGACAAUGAGAAGGGAAAAACAACAGAACAAAAAUUCUGGUUAUCAUCAAAGCUUUCUAAUUUCUACAGUUCCACUACAGGUCAGUUUUCAUUCCUCUGAUACUUUCUGAAAAAUCCUCCUUGAUGUAUGAGACUUUUCUGAGCUUCAUGUCUCCCAAAGCAUAUUUUAAUGUGUCAGUGUUGUUCAGCCAUCUUGGCUAUAUAAAGAGAUGGAAAAAUGCACUUUA